GUGAGAGGGAAGGAAGCAUAUAAAUUUGCAGUCCCCGGUUUCAACCCCCUCGUUCCACCGUUUCGCGUUUUUUUCCUACCAUAAAUUCUAGAUUCUCAAUUGCUCAAAGAAAUCGUUUUAUGCCCUCAAACUCAAUUACCACAUCGAUCUUCUUCCCUCUUCCCUCGGAUCUGAUGCAAAACUGUCAAAAAAUGGAGUCUUUUCAUCGAUUUAGAUUGUGGGUAUUCGUUUUUCUGUGCUUAAUGUUUCAAUCGGGAAAUGGGUUUUACCUCCCCGGUAGUUACCCUCACAAGUAUGGCAUUGGGGAUGAGUUAUCGGUGAAGGUGAAUUCUCUGACUUCAAUUGAGACAGAAAUGCCCUUCAGUUAUUAUAGUUUACCCUUUUGCAAGCCUGAGGGUGGUGUCAAGGACAGUGCUGAGAAUCUCGGUGAACUCCUCAUGGGGGACCGGAUCGAGAACUCGCCUUACAAGUUUAAGAUGUACACCAAUGAGUCUGAGAUAUUCUUGUGUCAAGUGGAAAAGCUCUCUGAUGAUCAGUUCAAGAUCUUGAAGAAGAGGAUUGAUGAGAUGUAUCAGGUUAAUCUCAUACUUGAUAAUUUGCCUGCCAUUAGGUUUACCAAGAAGGAGGAGUACUUUUUGAGGUGGACCGGGUACCCGGUUGGUAUCAAGAUUCAGGAUGUGUAUUAUCUGUUUAACCAUUUGAGGUUUAAUGUCCUUGUCCACAAGUAUGAGGAGACCAAUGUGGCUCGUGUUAUGGGGACCGGUGAUGCGGCCGAGAUGAUCCCGACAAUUGGUAAGGAUGGAUCUGACAAGCCUGGUUACAUGGUUGUUGGGUUUGAGGUGAUACCCUGUAGUAUUAUGCAUAAUGCUGAUUCUGUUAAAGGGUUGAAAAUGUAUAACAAAUACCCAUCACCUAUCAGAUGCGAUCCAUCCUCGGUGGCAAUGCCUAUCAAGGAAGGGCAGCCACUUACAUUUACUUAUGAGGUCACCUUUGAGGAGAGUGAUAUCAAGUGGCCAUCUAGAUGGGACGCCUACUUGAAGAUGGAGGGAGCCAAAGUUCAUUGGUUCUCUAUCCUCAAUUCGCUUAUGGUGAUCACUUUUCUUGCUGGUAUUGUUCUUGUUAUCUUCCUGAGGACUGUUAGAAGGGAUCUGACCCGGUAUGAGGAGCUUGAUAAGGAGGCCCAAGCACAGAUGAAUGAGGAGUUAUCUGGUUGGAAGCUUGUUGUGGGGGAUGUUUUCCGUGCCCCAUCAAAUCCUGCUUUGUUGUGUAUAAUGGUUGGUGAUGGAGUUCAAAUUCUGGGGAUGGCUGUUGUGACAAUUUUGUUUGCUGCACUUGGAUUCAUGUCACCGGCCUCACGUGGAACACUUAUCACAGGUAUGCUGUUUUUCUACAUGAUACUUGGUGUUGCUGCUGGUUAUGUUGCAGUUCGGCUGUGGAGGACAAUUGGCUGCGGUGAUCAGAAGGGAUGGAUUUCCGUUGCUUGGAAGGCUGCUUGUUUCUUCCCUGGUAUCGCCUUUUUGAUCCUCACAACCUUGAACUUCCUAUUGUGGGGAAGCCACAGCACGGGAGCCAUUCCAUUUUCACUCUUUGUUAUACUAAUUUUGCUUUGGUUCUGCAUCUCUGUGCCCCUUACCCUUAUUGGUGGGCUCUUUGGAGCAAGGGCACCUCACAUUGAGUAUCCAGUCAGGACGAAUCAAAUCCCUCGAGAAAUUCCCCAGCAAAGGUACCCAUCAUGGCUUUUGGUUCUUGGUGCCGGCACCCUUCCAUUCGGUACCUUGUUCAUUGAGCUCUUCUUUAUCAUGUCUAGUAUUUGGAUGGGUCGUGUUUACUAUGUAUUUGGAUUUCUCUUGGUUGUUAUGAUUCUUCUUGUGGUGGUCUGUGCUGAGGUAUCUCUAGUUCUAACCUACAUGCACCUAUGUGUGGAGGACUGGAGAUGGUGGUGGAAAUCAUUUUUUGCCUCUGGUUCUGUUGCUAUAUACAUCUUUUUGUACUCCGUAAACUAUCUUGUAUUUGAUCUCAAGAAUCUGAGUGGGCCUGUUUCUGCAACUCUUUACUUGGGAUAUUCCCUCUUCAUGGUUCUAGCAAUCAUGUUGGCUACAGGCACAGUUGGGUUCCUUUCCUCAUUCUGGUUCGUGUAUUACUUGUUCUCUUCAGUCAAGUUGGAUUGAAGACUCUUCACAGUUAAAAAAAUUAGCUCUACAGAGAACAGUUUUCAACAGGAGGACCCUCGGAAAUGUUCAAUUUUAUGUUACUUUAUUUCAGUCCAUUUUACUAAGGAAAGUAGUAAAUUUUAUAACAAAUAAUCAAGUUUUACUUUUUUUCAUUGUUAGAUAUAAUAUCAUUGUAUGAUAGGUUGGAAUUCUGAGGUUUAUACUGUACUUGGCCGUCGCAGUUGAGGAAUGUAAUUCUGAUAAUGGGAUCUUCAUGGCCUUACAUGCAAAAUUUACAAUUUCAUUUUAUUCAUAUUAUUGGUUUUCAGUUUA